CAGAAAGCUUUUUGUGGGCAUGCUCAACAAGCAACAGUCAGAAGAUGAUGUGCGGCGCCUUUUCGAGUCCUUCGGCAGCAUCGAGGAAUGCACCAUCCUCAGAGGUCCCGACGGAAACAGCAAAGGCUGUGCGUUUGUAAAAUACUCCUCUCAUGCUGAAGCUCAGGCAGCCAUCGGUGCACUACACGGGAGCCAGACAAUGCCUGGGGCCUCAUCCAGUCUGGUGGUAAAGUUCGCCGACACGGAUAAGGAGCGCACCAUACGCCGCAUGCAGCAGAUGGCUGGUCAGAUGGGCAUCUUCAACCCUAUGGCCCUGCAGUUUGGAGCCUAUGGAGCCUACGCUCAGGUGCAGCAGCAAGCAGCACUGAUGGCAUCUGUAGGCCAAGGAGGCUACCUCAGUCCAAUGGCAGCCUUUGCUGCUGCCCAGAUGCAGCACAUGGCCACCAUCAAUGGACUCCCCGGAGCACCGCUGACUCCCACGUCAGGUGGCAGUACUCCACCAGGCAUCAGCGCCCCCACAGUGACCAGCAUCCCAUCUCCAAUUAGUGUAAAUGGUUUUACUGGCAUGCCGCCCCCGCAGGCAAAUGGACAGCCCCCCGCAGAAGCAGUUUUUACCAACGGGAUACACCAUUAUCCUGUGUUGCAGGAGGUGGUUUUUAGAGAGGACUCAGAGAAAAACGGCUUGGGCGUGGCUCCGCGGAGUUGUUUUGGGGUUCAGGGUGGCUGCUUCCUCUCAUCUCUCUCCGAAGCAGCUCAAAGUCCCACUGCAGCUGAUCCUCUCCAGCAGGCUUACACAGGAGUCCAGCAGUAUGCAGCCUACCCCGCUGCAUACGGCCAGAUCAGCCAAGCCUUCCCCCACCCUCCACCUAUCAUUCCACAGCAGCAGCGAGAAGGACCGGAAGGCUGCAACCUGUUCAUCUACCACCUCCCUCAGGAGUUUGGAGAUGGAGAGCUGAUGCAGAUGUUCCUGCCAUUCGGUAAUGUCAUCUCCUCCAAAGUGUUUGUGGAUCGGGCGACAAACCAAAGUAAAUGCUUUGGGUUUGUAAGUUUCGACAACCCAGGUAGUGCCCAAGCUGCCAUCCAGUCAAUGAAUGGCUUCCAGAUCGGCAUGAAAAGACUCAAGGUGCAACUGAAGAGGCCAAAGGAUGCCAACCGUCCCUACUAGCCCGCGCCCCAGCCAGCCACUGCCACCCUGGCGGCCGGGGCAGCUGUCGAACACAGGGAAAGACAGGUUUUGUUGAGCUGUUGAUUAUUUGCUACCCACCACUGAGUGCAAACUCAACAUCUGGACCACUGAGGCUGCUUCAGAAAACAGAGGAGAGAGAGAGAGAGCGAUGACCGAGUCAAGGACACCUCCUUUUUGGAUGUACUAAAACUUUGGAACUCAGAGUGAAUUUGUACCAGCCUGGUUAGCCCCAGGACUUUUUUUUCCCUCUUCUGCACACAUAUACACACUUCUUUCCCCACAAAACCCUGCUUGAAUGACAGCUACCUUUUCUGGACCACAAAAACUUUUACUUGAACAAAGAAAGGAGGAGAAAAAAGUAAAAGAAACUACAUCAAACCUCCUUACAAUGACCAACCCCGCUGAACUCUUGAAAGGAAUACGGAUGUCAAAAGUCCAACAAGAACAAAACUUUGAAAAAAAAAUAAUAAAAAUAACAAAAAAAAAAA